GUAUAUCCUUUUGCUUACAUAUGGUUCAAAAUUGCGUCAUUACGCUAGUCAUUAAAACCGCCAAUCCGUUUUUGGUCUUCUAUGAAUAUUUCCGUUAAUUGAAUUUAGCGCCCCCUAGCCGUAAGAAGUUGAAAAGCAUAUUCAAAACGACUUGACGGCUGACCUUGUUGAUAAACUGUUAUUUGGAAUGAAACGGUUUUUUGUGGUUUGAGAGUUUUUUUGAAGUCAAACUUUGGAAAAAUACAAAUUUUCGAUCAACCUCCCGAUCCUUGACGUGCCUUAUAUGUAAACAACGAUAGUGUUAUUGUAUUUUGCUAUUAUACGUGAUAAAAAAGAUAUUUUGCAAUGGACGCCUUUACAGAGAAUAUAUUAGCGAGGGCUAGAGAGCGCCAGAAGUUAUUGGAAAAUUAUCCUUCAUCAGAUAAGCUUGAGAAAACGCCCCUAAAAGACUCAAACUUGAAUAUGGCUUGUAGUCAGUCGCAAGCAAAUCUGACUGACAUAAAGACUCCACAGAGGAUUCACAAAGAAUCCGUAUCAGAUUCAUGCAUUAAUGUUGAUAAAGAUCUUGAAAUAGUUCUUAAAGAAAACAAGUCUGAAAGUGCUUUGUCUCGGUUCCAGAGACAAAAUUCAAAAACUCGAAUCUCUUCAGAAAUAGCAGGUUCCCCAAAUGCAAAGUCUAAUACUUUGAAUAUACAGAGAGAUAAUUUUAAUAUGGAAAUAAAGGUUACUUCUUCAGAUGAUGUGCGAGUUGAGGUAGAAAUAGCAGGAGAUGAUUUUGUAAGUAAUAAAGGCACAGGCAGUAAUGGAUCUGAAAAUGUUUUAAGAGAUGAAUCAAAGAAUAAGUUAAAGAGACUUGGAAAACUUUAUGCAGGAGGGGAUGAAGUGGAUAUUUCUUCACCAAUCCAUAGGACAGAAGCUAAAUUCUAUGCAUGUGAGGAAAAUGAAGGUCAGCCCUCAUCAGAAACAGCCUCAAAGGGUUUGAGAAAAUUGGCACAUCUUGCUCAAACUAUCAAUCAGUGGGAAGAUGAUGUGAGACCACUUCGGGGUGACAACUGUUCCACUGCAACCACUCCCAAAAAGGCGAAAGCGCCUGCACCCCCUCUACCAAGUGGUACAACCAAUUCUCCACAAAAAACUACACCUCCGAGGCACAACAAACCAAAGGCUCCACAGCCUCCUGUCAUUCAUAAAGAAACUUUGGAAUCUUAUAAGGCACCACAAAGUCCUAAGAAUGCAUCAGCUCAAUGGAUUUCUAACAGCACUACUGAAAAAUCACUUCUAAAGGGUCAUGAAGAAAGCCCUGUUAGGAAACUUUUUGGAAGAGAGAGAAGUGAUAAGGAUAAGGGAUCAGAAAGUGAUGAGGCUAAAACAUUAGCUACUCCACGAACAUUGGCUGAAAGUCCAAAAAAGACUCAAGCUGGGAGUCAAAAAAUCGUUAGCAGCCUCAAGAAGGAUGAUAAUAAAGGUGUGGUUAAAUCCACCCCCAAACAAUUAAAGUGGGAUGAAGAGGUUCUCAGUCGAUUGGAAUCACAAGGUUUCACUAGGACCACGUCGAGUAGUCGGUUAGUAUACAAGUAUGAUUCACAGGAAAAAGAAUCUCAACAGAAUCGAAUGGGUACCAAAAUGGAAAUGACAUCUGAAGCUCAACAGCCUGUGGCCAGUAAAGUUAAACUACUGGCCAAUGCGUUGAACGAAAAAGUAGCAAUGGAAGAAGAAGAGAAACCAACAAGACCUAAGUUUGUAUCAAACACUGUUUUGGAGAAAAAAGAGACUCGUGUUGAGACAGCAAUGAAGAAAGAUCCGGCACUGUUGUCUGUCUCCGAAAGGAAAGCCCUGUUUGAGAAGAAUCAAGGACACGCGUUGGUACCAAAAGCAGCAUUUGGAAUGGCGCAUGCUUGCAAAGUGGAAAGUGUUAUGAAAGCGUGCUCAACCAAAAUCAUGAAUGAUGGGGCGGGUGUUAAGACAACACAGCCUCCAAUGUCGCCUACCCCAAAAGCAUCGCAAACCACUCGGCAGAUUGAAACGGUUAAGCCGCUCAUACACAGUUCGGCAAAGCCAACUCCCCCACCUCUUCCACCAGCAUCUAAAGCCACGCCCACGCCCACCGGAGGGCUGGCUAGCAAAAUGGCAGCCCUAUUGGAAAACAAAACUACGAUAUCGCAGGAACAGAUUGAGAAUAGCAUGAAGGCACAGAGGCAGAAGGAGAUGGAUCUGCUGUUGAACAGGUUCCACAGGAGCAAAGAGGUUUCAGAAAAUACUUCCAAAGAAGCGCCAGUAAUUCAAGAAAUGGCGUCCGAUGAAUCUGAUGAUGAAGUAGAUGCGACAGAACAAACAGCAAUGCUGAAAGAUCGACCUCCACAAGUUAUAGGUGCUAGUAGCAAACAGCAACAGAGGAGAUCUGGGGAGAAGAGGAAACCUUACAGUAAGGGGGAUAGUCCUAAGGUAGCCGCAGUCCUGGAAGAUGUAAAACGCAUUAAAGUGUCCCCUGCCAAGGAAGGUCGUCUCUAUCCUAGUCUCUCAGACAUUGAAGCUGCCACCGAGACAGAAACUGAUCAAACCAGGACUCCAACUCCAAAUGAACUUGGUAAUCAACAAGAUAGCAGCUUCGAGGAUAAUUACGAUUCCGAUGAUCCAAAUACAAGCUUUGGUCGUGAUAUUUUGGAAGCUGUCUGCAAAAACCAAACUACACCAGCUAAAAGGCCAGUAUUCGAUGAAAGCACAGCAAGUGAUAUUUCUAGUAUUCUCGACGAUAUAGAUACUACUAACAGUCAGAGUGAAGAAGAUAAUUGCUCUGGACCUAGUCCACCUAAACAAGUUCGACAAUACUCUCCAGAGAAAACCGUUGCGCAACCUUCGAACUCUUUUAACUACAAAAACUUUUCUCCGAACGUCAAGACAUCACCAAAUAAAUUCGCCUCACCAGUGAAGAUUAUGGCUACCCCUCAGAAACCGACCAACAAUCUACCGGAGUACAUUGUUGAAGGAGAUAAUGUCAUGCCAUUGAUUCAUUCUGUCAGUUUUUACAGAAAACAACAAAACCAGGUUAGCACGCCUCCGGUUCGUCAAAUCAUAAGGCAACCAGUUAUAGAAGAAGUGGAGCCGAAAAAAGGAGACGAUUCAGAAGCUGUAAGGAGAAAAACAGCAGAAUUGCAGGAAGAAGUAAACAAGCAACAAAACAUAAUAUCACAAACCAGUCAAGCGUUGAAUCUAUGCAUGUCAACUCCUGAGUUUUCUGGAUCUACUGAGCAAGUUGAAGCAGAGAAAGUUCUACUAGUUGCAACUCACAGAAGGCAAGCAGCGCUCCACGAACUGCAGAGAUUGCGAGUUGAAAAAACUAUCAGGCCUCAACUAUCCUACAAUUUGCCUAUAGAGAAAGGAACAUUGAGUAUUUCCAAUAUUGUUCUGCCCUUGAAGGCCAAGUAUGUCAAGGCUCUUGCAGCUGCUGGGGGCAAAGGCCAUCAUGUGGUGUGUCUGGUGAAGUGUGGAGAUCAAGUGGUACCCACCAAGCUUGUCUCUACAUGCGUACAAAACGCCAAAAAUCCAGACACUGAACUAUCCAUACCUGGUGUUGUAGUGCUUAAUGAUAUUUACAGUGACUUUACUGUUACUUUUGAGGUGUAUUGCCUUCAGGCACAAGAAGAGUUUCUUCCGCAUGAAGUCAAGUACCACAUUCAAAAGAAGUCAGGCGGUAAGUUGGUGACACCAAAAAAAGGAAAACAGGAUUCAAGGAUGGUAAUGCCUGUCAAAGAGUCUCCUGCAGGGCCUCAAGCUGUCAGAACAUCUUCAUUUGCUAUGAUGGGUUACAUGGUAUUUUCAGUGCAGGCUAUUAAUAAGAAAGUUUGGACUUUGAAUAAUACACCCCCAAUGAGUCCUUUGGAAGGUACAGUCGAAAUGAGGAUUAGCUGUGAAAUGGAAGUUUCUGUCGAGCAUCGUGGUUUUCUGACGAUGUUCGAUGACGUUUCUGGUUUUGGAGCUUGGCAUAGGCGAUGGUCUUUGCUCAAAGGACAUUUGCUUAGUUAUUGGAAGUACCCAGAUGACGAGAAAAAGAUGCCUCCAAUCGACACAAUUGACCUGAAAAACUGCAUUACAAAGGAGGUAGGACCAGUUAGCCGAGAUGUAUGCGCCAGGAUGCAUACAUUUUUAAUCGAAAGGGAAAGAGCUAUCUCUCCGAAUGACAAAGACAGUCUAGUGAUCAUAUGCAAAGGUGAUAAAACUAUCAUCAGGCAUCUGCUAUCUGCAGACACCAAGGAGGAAAGAAUUGAAUGGUGUCAAAAGAUCAAUGCUGCUUUGAUAGCUACGAGGAUGUGGGGAAACAGAAAAUGAGAAGAAACAGUAAUAAUUGUGCCAUCUUGCAAUGGAAACUGACAGUUUGCAUCUUCUGUUAAAGGCAGAGUCGAUUCCUUCAAUAAAAAUCAGAGUUUGUGUACAGUAUGUAUUCGUCUUUAAUAUGGGGUGUUCUCUACUUAAAUGGACAUUCUGAUAUGGUAGGUAGUAUGCAACAACACCCGUUCCAUAUUUUAAAGUAAAACAGUUAUAACUUCGGUAUUUACAGAUAUUAAUAUUUGAACACCAUUCAUUGGCUUUAUUUUGUGUGUACUCAGCAAUAUUCAGCUUAAAAGGUAUUGAUUUUGAUGAAAAACAAAAGUCACGAAAUCGAGUCCGGUCCUGGACUUUUUAACCGUUAUCUUGCAAAAUUUCAACAAAAACAAUUCAGUAGAGCCUCUUAUAUGUGAUAUUAAAGAUAUGACGUGUGUAGAUAAAUCACCCUUUAUAUCCGUAAAAACUAAAUUUAGCCCUUUUUUCAGGUAUGAAAAGAUCUCGGUCUAUAAUACCUACCAUUUCUCUAUGUCCAUUCAAGUACGAAACACCUUGUAUAUCUUGUUCACAAAUUGAACCAAAAUUUAUUUUGCUUGAUGCAUGACAUUAAAUGUCAGCUUAAUGAAUUUACAGAAGCUUUAAGCACUGCAAAAAGACACUAAAAUGGAAGUGUCAGAUUUCUAUUGCAUAUAUCUGUAUUAUAACUUAUUCAUAUUUCUAGUAUGUCAAAUUUUAUGCAAGUUUUAUAUUAUAAUUAACCC